AUGAGUAGAGCCUCGCUUUUGGAGAACUGCAAAUUCCAUGUGUUAGCGAAGCCCUUUACUUGUGAAGAAAUUAGGAAGGAUUUCCUGGUCAGCCUGGGCUUUCUCCAGCAAAAGGUCACUCAUACUAGAGAGAAGUCAAACAGUGGAACUGAGUGUGUGGUGGCCUUCCACAGUGCAAAUUCUGGCCUCAUUCAACACCAGAGAGUUCACACUGGACUAAGUCCUCAUGAAUGUGAUAAAUGUGGAAAAUUAUUUAGCAAGAAGUACAACCUCAUUAUGCAUCAGAAAGCUCACACUGGUGAAAAGCCAUAUGAUUGCAGUGAAUGUGGGAAAUUUUAUAGCUACAAAUCUUACCUCAUUACUCACCAGAGAAUUCAUACUGGAAUAAGACCUUAUGAGUGCAGUGAAUGUGGGAAAUCAUUUAGCCACAGCUCUAGUCUCUUUAAACACCAGAGAAUUCACACUGGAGAAAGGCCUUAUGAGUGUGAGAAGUGUGGAAAAUCCUUUAGCCAGAGCUCUCACCUAAUUAAACACUGGGGAGUUCAUGCUGAAGAAAGAUCUUAUGAGUGCAGAGAAUGUGGAAAAUUCUUUAUCUCUAGGUACUGUUUCUUUCAACAUCAAAGAGUUCACACUUGUGUAAGACCUCACAAAUGUGAUGAGUGUGGAAAAUUAUUUACCAACCUGUCCAACCUCAUUAAACACCAGAGAGUUCACAUUGGAGAUAGACCAUUUGAGUGUAAUGAAUGUGGGAAGUCUUUUAGCUGCAAAUCCUACCUCAUUACACACUGGAGAAUUCACACUGGAGCAAGGCCUUAUGAUUGUGGAGAAUGUGGGAAAUUUAACCAUAGCUCCAUGCUCCUUCAACACCGGAGAGUUCACACUAGGGAAAGGCCUUAUGAGUGUAGUGAAUGUGGGAAAUCCUUUAGCCAUAGAUCUAGCCUUAUCAGACACAAGAGAAGUCACACUGUAGAAAGGCCUUAUGAAUGUAGUGAGUGUCAGAAAUCCUUUAUCAGCAGCUCUAGCCUCAUUAAACACCGAAUAGUUCAUACUGGAGAAAGGCCUUAUGAAUGCCGUGAAUGUGGGAAAUCCUUUAGCCAGAGCUCCAACCUCAUUAAUCAUCAGUGAGUUCACACUAGAGAAUUUAUGGGUGCAGUGAAUGUGGGAAAUCAUUUACCUUCAACUCUAAUCUCCUAAAACAUCAAAAUGUCCACAAAGAAUAAAAUCCUUUCCAUAAUACAGCUAAGUCUGUAAAAGACUGCAUUGUGCCCCCUCAAAAUUCAUAUGUUCAAGUCCUACUCCCCAAUGUAAAUAUUUUUAGGUGUGGCUUUUACUAAGAUAAAAGAGGUAAUAAAGAUGGGGGCCUAAUUCAGUGUGACUGUCGUCCUUAUAAGAAGAAAAGGUAUUAGAAGGUGUACUCUUGCACACUUUCUCUUUGUCUGUCUCCCCAAGAACAGAAGACAGACUAUUUAAUAAGACAGUUGUCUGUAAGCAAGGAAGGGUGACCUCACUACAGACCAAUUCUGAUGGUCUUGGAGUUCUAACCUCUAGAAGUGUAAGAAAGUAAAUUUCUGUUGUUUAAGCCAAGUAGUCUGGUAUUUUGUUAUGGCAGCCUGAGAGGGGACAAAGAUACAAAGUACCACAUUAUAUUGUGUGUUCACUGCACUGAUAGGUAACCAUGAAUAACCCCCAGAACAUAUAAAACAAGAUAAAAUAAUUAAGAAGUCACAAAUUUUAGAAUUACUUUGCUUUUUUUAAAAUUUUUUUAUUUUUAUUUAUUUAUGAUAGUCACACAGAGAGAGAGAGAGAGAGGCAGAGACA